AAAAUAUCGAUUGCCACGGCUGCGGCGGAAGCAUUUAGAAGGUACCGCAGUUGGAGAAACCGGCAAAGACGACGAUAAAUGACAGUAGAAGCAAUCCAUAAGCAUUUCACAGUUGCGGUGUGUCCAAGUGCAGGCUGGUAAAGAGACAAAAAGUAUGGAUCUGCACCACACGGAAGGUGCGUUCAACUGCCCACCGAUGUUGAUGGGGUCUCAAUAGUUGACGCGCAGCGAGUCGCAAUGGAAAACGUCAAACUGUCAGAGAGUACGAUAAUUGAAGUGAAAAGAGAAUUGCGUUGUUGUGUUUGUGUUGGUAUGAUUGCUGCCGCUGUCAAUUUUCGCUACUGCUGUGGGCGUGCCCGCCAUUGUGGCUCCACCCACGUCGUCUUGGCAACCGUUGAGCCACAGUUACAAAUUGCAUUUCAAGCCGCGUUGUGCGCUACAACAACAAUACCGGUCAACUAUGCAACCGACCGAGCGACCAGUUGGAUAAAAUGCCCGCAUGCAGCAACAACAACUAGUAGCCAAUGCGCGUGCGCUCUGUUUGCGUGUAAGGUGUAUGACGGCCACAGCGCUUCUUUUGGCGUUUGGUGUUAGUGCUUUGUCUAUUUGCGUCUGCACAACGCUAUGUGUACGCAAGAGAGCCACUUGAGGCGACGCUAACGACAGACAGUAGUUGUCUCGCUUGCACGUACAUAAAUGCCAAUUUGAUUGUAGCAGCACUCAUCAUCAUUGCGUGUGAGUGUACGAACGAGAUAGGGUGGGACGCUCAACUCGAAUAAAGUGGUCGGUCGCACACAUACACGCGCACAUGGUACAAAACCAAUGCCAAGAAACGAGUCGCAAACGAGGCUGAGCGAGCGCACAGCGGCAUUUUAGCCACCACCGAAGCACACACCAAUACACUCGCGCACACAGUUAUACCUACAAUUAUGUACACAAGAGUGGCCUUACUAUAGGUGUAGCUGGUGUUGCCGCUCGUAUUGGAUAUGUGGUGUAUAGUGUGGCUCUGGUGCUCUGUUCAUGCUGCUGCCGCUGCUGUGCGUCGUCGUCGCUUAAUAUUUUUGUUAGUAAGCCAAAUAGUAAGCAGGCAUUCCCCUCUGCAAACAGUCACAUUCAAGAGUUCAAGCCAAAGAGUACUCGAGCGCGCACAGCUGCCGAAAAUAGUAGAAACGGACACAACCGAUAAAACCGAACUGUGUGAACUGCAUUGUGAAACGCUUGUGAGUCAAGAGUUGGAAGCGUUUUGGCUUUGGCUUUACAAUAUUUUCUACAACGAUUUUUGGAGUCUUUGUUUGCUAGUUGCAUUGUCUAUAACUGUAGUGUACGGCUAACGCGGCGGACGGUACGACACGUUCAUACGCACAAAUUGCAAUUAAACCCAAUCGAAUAAACGAUUGUGUGGCGAAGCGAAGUAAUUUCUAGUGUCGUCAUAGAGUAACGAAUAAACGAAAUUCGAAAGAACAUUAUUUUCACUAACGAACUGUGAAGAACGCGUAAACGCAAGCAGAAAAAAAAAUUUAAAAAUAAAUACAUAAUAUAAGUAAUAAGAAAAGAUACGUAACAGUAAAUAAAAAGACUUAAAGGUGUUAAGGUGGCUAAGCAAGCUUAAGCUUAAGAAAAUUUAAAAAAUUGAAGUGAAGAAUCUUGGAAUAAAGAAGUGUGUGUGUGAAAGCAAGUGUUGAAGGCAAUUGAUUUUCAAGUCUUUAACUUAAAUAAAAAUUGACAAAAUUGUUGAAUUGAAGUUCCGACACCAGCUACUAACCCGGUGCAUGCGCGCUGCAACAACUCACCAUCCAACGAGUGCGAAAUCCCACGUCAAAACACGCAGACAAGUGAGCACGGAUGAAACAUGCGAUUGCGUCUCGAUACAUACAAAAGCAAAAAUAACAAACUAAAAAAAUAACCAAAAACAUUUGAAACGGUAAACUGUAUUUUUCAAAUACACACCACUUAAGGAAGCUUACGCAUAAUUGAAUUAUAGCAAAAAGCUUAGAUCGCGUGUGAAAAAGUGUACGCCGCGUCGUUCAUUUCCGUCGGAAAUUUGUUUAAAUUGUAUUUUUUGUACGUGCGAACAGUGAACAGCCGCCAACAUAACGGCGCAAUUAUUGAACAGUUUCCUGAAGGGAUCGCCCCACCAGACGACGAUCGACAUCAUGCAAAAGCUCUACUCGGAGGCGCCAAGCAACGGGCCUCCGGUGAGCAUGAGCAGCAGCGUCGGUGCUGGUAGUGGUGGUGGUUCGAGUAGCGCCGGUGGUGGCGCGAAUGGUGGCGGUGGAGGAGGUAGUGGUGGCGGCGGCGGUGGUAAUCCUGCAAAUCCACAUCCAAAUCAUCCGACCAGUAAUGGCGGCACCAUGAGUCCACUGGCACGUAGCGCAUAUACCGCUAUGAAUUCGAUGGCCAUGCCCGUCGGUGGCAUGUCUUCGGUGUCACCACAGACUGCCGCCUUUGGCGCGCUGGAAUCCGCCGCAGCUGUGGCCAGCAUGAGCGGUAGCAUGGGUGCCGCAGCCGCUAUGAACUCCAUGGCUGGUAAUUGCAUGACACCGAGUUCGAUGAGUUACGCCUCUAUGGGUUCGCCAUUGGGUAAUAUGGGCAAUUGUAUGGGUGGUGGUAUGUCCACAAUGGCAGCUAUGGGCGGCUACUCGUCUAUGGCGGCAGCAGCUAGCGCACGUGAGCUGGACACCGGUUCACCGAACUCACUCAAUCGCGCACGCAUAGAUAAACCAACCACAUACCGGCGGAGUUACACACACGCCAAACCGCCAUACUCAUACAUCUCGUUAAUCACAAUGGCGAUACAGAAUAAUCCUACACGUAUGCUCACGCUAUCGGAAAUCUAUCAGUUCAUCAUGGAUCUCUUUCCCUUCUAUCGUCAGAACCAACAGCGUUGGCAGAACUCUAUACGUCAUUCGUUGUCUUUCAACGAUUGCUUCGUGAAGAUACCGCGCACACCGGACAAGCCAGGCAAAGGUUCCUUCUGGACGCUGCACCCCGACUCGGGUAAUAUGUUUGAGAAUGGCUGUUAUCUGCGCCGUCAGAAACGUUUCAAGGACGAGAAGAAGGAGGCGCUACGUCAGCUACAUAAGAGCCCGUCACAUAGCAGCCUCGAAGCAACAAGUCCCGGCAAGAAGGAUCACGAAGAUUCACAUCAUUUACACCACCAUCACAGCCGACUGGACGCCCAUCAGCAGCAUCAUCACAGCAAAGACGUUACCGGCGCUGCAGUGGGUGGCCCAGGCAGUGUACUCAGCAGCGCAGUCAGUCGCGAUCAACUGGCCAUGAUGCAAGCAAAUGCGGAAUUGUGUUUGGGUCAACAGGCGGCACAACAUGCACCCAGCCAUCACCAUCAGCAACAUCAUCAGCUGCAGCAUGAAGAAUUGUCGGCCAUGGUGAAUAGAUGCCAUCCAUCGUUGAUCAGUGAUUAUCACCCCUCCAUGCAUCAUCUGAAGCAAGAACCAUCCGGUUAUACGCCAUCCAGCCAUCCGUUCUCCAUCAAUCGACUACUACCCGAAUCGAAAGCGGACAUCAAGAUGUACGAUAUGAGUCAGUAUCCCGGUUAUAAUGCGCUCAGCCCAUUGACGAAUACACACGCGGCCUUAGGACAGGAUUCGUACUAUCAGAGUCUCGGUUACCAUGCGCCAGCCGGCACGACUAGCUUGUGA